CUUUUGAGAGGAGUUAGUUCUAUCUGCAAAGACUCCAUUUUUGGGACCGUGGAAGGGAACUCUUACGAUGACUACAUACUAGCUUAGGAAGGGUAAACCAUAACAAGGACUACAGUCUAGCCAGCCCCUAGGUCUAUACUGAUUGUUGAAUUAUUCUUCAUUCUGUUAUUCCCUCUACUGCUGAUGGCGACGGCAAACCUACAUCCAUUUCAAGCUCAGCCGUACGAAGACCACCACCGGCCGGAGCUUGAAGCUGUUCAAACUGAUGACUACGAGAAUGGCUGCUGCUGCUGCGACGGCGGCGGCGGCGGCAGGGAUGAUGAUACUAUGGACGAGGAGACAGACGAAGGACGCCUGUCGUUGGUUAAUACAUCGGAGCAUCAUCAACAUCACCACGACGGGAAGCUCGGUGGACUUGUCGUUGCCUCCCGGACUAGUGAGCUUACUCUUGCUUUUGAAGGCGAGGUUUAUGUUUUUUCUGCUGUUACGCCAGAAAAGGUGCAAGCCAUACUCUUACAUUUGAGAGACAGAGAAGCACCAGCUGGUGCCCGUACUGUUGAUGCAUCUUAUAAUCCAUGCAAUAGGGGUGGGAACGACAUCCCAAAGCAUUCAACUCUUUCACGAAGAAUUGCUUCACUUGUUAGAUUUCGUGAGAAACACAAAGAGAGGUGCUUUGACAAGAAAAUCAGAUACACUGUGCGCAAAGAAGCUGCUCAAAGAAUGAACCGCAAAAAUGGUCAAUUUGCAUCAACGAAAGAAAAUUCAGUGUCUUCUGGUUGGGAUUGUGCUAAAGGUCGUGAACAACCUGAUAACAGUAUUCGCCCAGAAACUGUUCUUAGAAGAUGCCAUCAUUGUGGCGUUAGCGAGAAUGCUACUCCUGCAAUGCGUCGAGGCCCAGAUGGACCAAGGACACUCUGCAAUGCUUGUGGACUUAUGUGGGCAAACAAGGUACAUCAAGUAUCUAAUUGCAAACUAAAGGCACUUAAACUCUCAAUAAUGCAACACUUCAAUUAUUCUAGCUCUUUUCAAUGUUAUGAAAUUUUGUAAGGUUUGUUUACCUGUUUGCAUUCCUAAGAAAGGUGUCAGGUUCAAUUCCCACUAAGAAAGUCUUGUUGAAAGUGGGGGUUCGAGCUAGCUUCCUCUAAGGAAAAAAACCCGGUUUUCAAGAAAAUUAAAAUUUACCUGGGCUGGCAACUAAUUGACCACUCUACAGAUAACAUUUUUUUUUUGUUUGUGCCUUGACGGAAAUAGUAAAUUGUUGAAUCUAGAU